AUGGAGGUUGACCCACAAGUUCGGGUGGCCACCAUGCAUACCCAUGGCGCUUCAGGGACAGGAAAACCAGUCCCACGAUGCAAAGAUAUAUUCAAGCAACCGCAGAAGAAAAAAGCUGUUGUUGUUGCUACUGCUGCUGCAGCUAUGAUGACGCUGGUUGUUGCUUCUGCUGCUGCAGCUGUGAUGACACCGGUUGCUGCUGCUACUGCAGCUGUGAUGACGCCGGUUGCUGCUGCUACUGCAGCUGUGACAACGCCAGUUGUUGCUGCAAGAGCAGCACUCAUACUUGCCCCGAAGAUCCCAAGACUGAUAUUGAAGCCUCCAUGUGCGCCAGCCUCAUUAGUGAUCAGCUCUGUACAGGCUCAGCCCACUCACCUGCUCAUGCCGGUGGCAUCCAAGGACACACCAAAAAAUGCUACCCUAUUCUUCGUGCUUGCGGGGUAUACUAAGGAGCCAGCACUGGUGCCCUCAUGGAUGAUAGCCCAUGAUGACCAGUCCCAUGUAGCUCCGCUCAUGCUGGCACUGCCAAAGAUUAAGACCAUGCCACUGACUGUUGUCAGGGCUGAUCCUGCUGCACAUGCCACCCCGCCGGAGGGAUCCGUAACCUCCAACAAUAUGUCAGCAAACCCCAGAAUUGACGCAUUGUUUGAAAUGCGCCUUCAAGCAGGCAGAGGGGCACAUUGUGGUUCUACAACAAGCAUGCCUCGGGGGAGAAGCAGUCAACCUCAUGCCACCCCUGCCCUUGGUAUGAGCCAAGGGCCAACGCCUCUGAGAGACAUCAGUGAUGCUGCGGCCACAUCACAGUACCCUCGAGAAGCGCAUGCACCUACAAGGGAAUCCUCCUUGGCACCAAUGGAUCCAAGCAUGAUAGGACUAGCAGACAAGAGAGCAUUGGUGAUGAAGAAUAUACAGGAUAGGCUUUCUAGCCUCAAAUUCAAGUUCCCAAGAGUUCAAGAGAUUGUUAAGGAAGUUCUAACAAUGCUUAUAAGCUCCAUGUCACACAAUCUGAAGGUGUUGCCCGGGGAGUUGAAUAAUGCCAUUGCGAAGAACAACAAGGUAGAGGGGAGGUUAAAUGAGAUGGGGCGGGAGAUGGCCAACAUGAAGGCAGAGGUUAAUGCUUUGAAGGUGGAGACAAGAGAGAGGUCAGCAGGGCAAGAUGGCAGCGACACAGGGCAGAGGCAGAAUAACAUUCUGUUGAUGACCAUAUGGAAUAUCAUGUAUGAUUGGAUGGAGAUUCCGCAUGAUAGUGCAGUCCUUCUGGAUCCACUCCCUAUUGAUGAAGCAGGAGUACGUGAGUAUUGGAUGUUAGUAGAAGAUGGGGCAGAGAACAAUAGGAUCCUACGGCCAGGCUGGACUGACUCAUGGUACACCAAUGAGGCAGGGUGGGCAAAAAAUGUGGUGGCUAGGGUGUAA